CAUUAAAGGCUGCUCUUAUCCCGUCACGAACAGUGGCUGGUUCAACACUUCUUAUCUUCUUCUCAAUCCUUUUCUAAUGGCUGAGGAUGAUACUCCAAUUUUCAUAAACGUUGACUCUGAAUCACGACCUGUAAUAUCAAGAACUGUCUCCAAUUCCCGUGCCAUACCUCUCCAAGCGAAGAAGAAUACCAUUCUCAAAUCCCAUGGCCGGCCACCUUGGUACUCUGAGGACGGUCUUCCCAUAUGCGAUGCGUUCGUAGUUGGUAUCGCUGGUAUGUUUGAUAAGAUGUUCAAAUCCCGCAAGAAAUUGACGGAAAUGUGGACCCAUGUAGCAAGACAAAUUGUCCAGAAACUAGGGUCUAUACCUACAAUCGUCAUCCUGUCCCAGGACAGCUUCUACAAGCGACACACGCCAGAGGAAGUCGAGUUGGCACAUGCUAACCUCGUGGACUUCGACCACCCAGAUGCCAUUGACAUGCCUCUGUUUGCUGCCUGUUUAUCUGACCUCAAGGCUUGUCGACAAACGAAUAUUCCUAUAUAUUCUUUCGCUGAGCAUCAGCGCCUAGAUGAAACGAAAUAUCUUUACGGUGCCGCAGUCAUUAUCACUGAAGGCAUCCUUGCUCUACAUGAUCCUGCUCUCAGAGCGCUUUACGACCUGAAGAUAUUUGUCCAAUGCGACUCCGACCUGAUGCUCGCGCGCCGGCUCCGCAGAGACGUCAAAGAGAGGGGUCGGACGGUUGAUGGAGUGCUGGAUCAGUAUCUCCGAUAUGUCAAACCCUCAUAUGACAAUUUCGUGCUUCCAACGGCUCGAUAUGCUGAUAUUAUCGUGCCGGGUUCUGACAACAGUGUAGCAAUAGAAUUGAUUGCGACGCACAUUCGGAAGAAGCUCAAGGAGCGCGCAACUCGCUUCCGACCUCAUAUGGCACAAGCCGGUUCACGUUCACCGACACCGUUGUCCCUGCCGUCCACACCUCGUGUCAGCGCAUUGUCCCCGCCAUCCACACUUCGCGUAAACGCAAUGACCGAUCCAUACGAGAACCUUAUCGUCCUUCCGCAGACGCCUCAACUCAAGGGAAUAUAUACCAUCCUACGAGAUAAGAAUACCAGCAGGGAGGACUUCAUUUUCUUCACAGAUAGGCUGGCGACCUUCUUGAUAGAGAAGGCCCUCGAGCAUCUACCUUAUCGACCGCGGACAGUUAGAACGCCUGUCGACGUGGACUAUGUCGGGAAAGAGCUUGAUGUGAAGUAUAUAUGCGGUGUUUCUAUAAUUCGAUCCGGCGGACCCUUGGAACGCGGUUUACAGAGGGUCAUCAACGAUGUUCUUACCGGUUCCCUCCUUAUCCAAUCCGAUGCGCAAACAGGUGAACCAUUGUUACUGCACCUCAUGCUUCCCGUGUGUAUACGAGAGCGGCAUCGUGCCAAAGAGACAUGGGUGUUUCUACUUGAUGCGCAGAUUGGCACUGGUGCUGCUGCGUUCAUGGCCAUGCGGAUACUCUUAGAUCACGGAGUCCGUGAAGACCACAUCAUCUUUGUUUCCUUUCUCGUCGCUAGGAACGGCGGGAUCUGUGUCCUACGAAAAGCCUUCCCUCAAGUCAAGAUCGUUUGCGGCGCCGUCGAUGACGGACUUCGGGAGACAUGGCUUGAAGCCAUUGAAAGUGGUGAGGGUCAGAUUGAAGCUGAGGCACGCAAAGUCUGGGUUGUGGAGCCCGGUAUGGGUCAUAUAGGGGAUCGUUAUUAUUUGUAGUCAUUCGUCAUGGGACUUUUCUUUUCUCGUCGUCGUUACAUGCUAUCCAGAUUCGCUGCAAUGAGAGACACAUGAUCUACUCUGACUGCUCGAUAUUUCUGGUUGCUGUGUGAGGAUCUGUAUUCAGUGCUUUGUCUAGAUCCACAUGAUUGGUCUUGAGGAGACUUCGUGUUCCUCUUCGGUCCGGCGUCUGGUAUUUGAGCCCGUC